CACCCUCUCCCUCUCUCUCUCUCUCACCCUCUCACCUCUCCCUAUUUACUUUCUCUAAAUAAAAGGGUCCCGAGUCAAUUGCACCUUCUCCUGCCAUCCACCGCUUCCCAUUUAUUCAGUACUCUCUCCCAAGCUAGCUUUUUUCCUUUUCCUUUUCUUCCCAAAUUCCUUUUCAAUCCUCCCAUAAGCCCAUUCCCCCACAAAUCUCGAUCGAGCAACCAACAACAUCAAUCAUGGGAAGAUCUCCUUGCUGUGAGAAAGAGCACACCAACAAGGGAGCAUGGACUAAAGAGGAAGACGAGCGCCUUGUCAACUACAUCAAACUUCAUGGGGAAGGCUGUUGGCGAUCUCUUCCUAAAGCUGCAGGUUUGCUUAGAUGUGGCAAGAGCUGUAGACUAAGGUGGAUAAACUACCUUAGGCCUGAUCUCAAGAGAGGAAACUUCACUGAAGAGGAAGACGAGCUCAUCAUCAACCUUCAUAACUUACUUGGAAACAAAUGGUCUCUUAUUGCCGCGCGCUUACCAGGAAGAACUGAUAACGAGAUCAAGAACUAUUGGAACACUCACAUCAAGAGAAAGCUCUACAGCCGUGGAGUUGAUCCUCAAACUCACCGUCCACUCACCUCGUCCACCACCGUCGCCACCACAGCAUCCAACAGCGCCACCGGUACCGCCAACAACACCAGCAAUAACAAAACGAGUAGCGACAACAACAAUAGUAAGAGUUGUUUGUUUGAAGUGCAAAAUUAUAUGACGGCGCCAUUGAUGCAAGUACCGGCCGGCACCAUUGAUGCCAACGUCAAGGCCGGAAAUGAGUCUGCGGAAGAGUCAAAUAGUAGCAGUGGAGUGACGACGUCAGAGGAAGUGUUCCCUGAGCUCAACCUUGAACUCUCCAUAGGGCUGCCGUAUCAGCUUCAUCAGAUCCCUUCUAUCAACAUAAAGGAGUUGAGACAACAACCGCCGCAACAGAAACAGCAGCAGGUUUCGUGCGAGUGGUAUGGGAAUCUCAGUCAAGGAGCAUGUUUGUAUUGCCAUUCAGGGUUUCAAAACACCCAAGCAUGUAGCUGCAAAGCCAUGGGAACAACCUUAACAGCUGACAACAUCUAUAGAUAUUACAGGCCCUUGAACUCUUGAAGCUCUUAGAAGUUGGAAUUAAGUAGCCUAGCUCACUACCUAUGCUCAAGUGUUUAAUCGCUCUUGUGGUGGUAAAGAAACAUCUCAAAUAUAGUUGUAAGAAUUUUUUUUUUUUUUUUUUUUUUUUUUU